AUGGAUUUCCUUCAACUCAACAGUCUAAACUCUCCUGUUGACUCUGCUGUGUACUCUCUAGCUCUCAAGGCUGACCUGCAAAACAAACUUUUCGGACAGCACAUCGCGUCAAGCAUCAUCCUGGAAGCUGUGAGUAGAUUCAUGAGCAACGAGAACCCAAUGAAGCCCCUGGUGCUCUCUCUGCACGGACCGACUGGCACAGGAAAGAGCUUUGCUAGCCAGCUGAUCGCUGAAAACAUUUUCAAAGUGGGAAUGAACAGCAGCUUCAUUCAUCUUUUCUCAUCCACACUUCACUUCCCACAUAAAAGUAAAUUUAAGACCUAUGAGACACAGUUACAGCAGUUGAUCAAAGGCAUUGUCACCAACUGUGAACGCUCCAUGUUCAUCUUUGAUGAGAUGGACAAGAUGCAUCCUGGCUUGAUUGACAGCAUAAAGUCUUUCCUGGGGUACCACAACAUGCUGGAUGGAGUUUCUUAUCAGAGAGCCAUCUUCAUCUUCCUCAGUAAUACUGGAGGGGAUAUGAUCACACAGAAAGCUUUAGAUUUCUGGAAGGAGGGGCGAGAACGAGAAGAAAUCGAGCUACAAGAUCUGGAAAAAUCCCUCUCUGAAUCAGCAUUUAACAAUGAAAAUGGCUUAUGGCAUUCAAGCUUGAUUGACGAGAACUUGGUGGACUUCUUCAUCCCAUUUCUGCCUCUGGAGCACCGACAUGUCUUUCAGUGCGUCAUGGCUGAGAUGAGAGCCAGAAAUCUUCAGCCAGACAAGAAUGUUGCACACAGGUUUACCAGAGAUUUUGAAUAUUUCCCCAAUUUUUUCAGAGUGUUUUCUUUUAAAGGCUGCAAGACAGUAGAGAGCAAUUUGAACUUCUACAUAUAAUUCCAGCAUCUGAUAGACUCAUAUGAUUGUAAUUAUUCUAACAUGUAAAAAUGCUCUCAGACAAAUAAUUUAGGAGUGUCCAUCUGUAGAAUCAUACCAUUAGUAAUCUGGAGUGAACCUACCUGUAGUGUAUUUGUGAAACUGAUAAUACUUACAUUGUGUCUACAUAUAUGAGAAU